UAGGAUUAGUGGUAUGUGCCGUUGUGUAUGGUGUGUAGACGUGCUCUUGAACGCGGCGGGAACCAAAAUUCGUGUCUUAUGUUUUCUUAGAACCCUACCUCGUUCCCGUUACCAUUUGAGAGUCCUCUCUCUUCUCUCUGUUUUAAAUCCUCUUCUUCCAAAAACGCAAACCCUAGGAGUCAAUUAGCGAUAGGCGUGGGGGCGUGAUCCAAUGGAAAAACGAAAGGCGAUUAUGGGUUUUGGGUCGAGGGUUUAAUUGUGGGAAGGCUUCGAACAAGAAUUAAUGCUUAUCUGGGUUGCUGUUUAACUUUUGAAGAUGAUAAACUCAAGCGAAGCUGAAGAAAUGGACACAAUGGAUACCAAAUUUGAAACAAUUGAGGCUAGAAUAACAUCUAUGCUUCCCCAACUCCAAUCUGAGUGUGGCAUUCUACAGAGAAUAGUGUACAAAAAUAAGAACCAGCACCGACGCUCUUCCUAUUUCCAGCGUCUUUUGAAGGUGAGAAGGGAUUUAAAACUCCUGCAAUCAGCAAACUUGGAGGAGCUUGUAACAUCAUGCCUCCAUGUUAUCAAAGGAGAUAAACCAAGGCAGAAAGUUAUUCUUUUAGAGAGCUUAAAAAGGAGAAAAUGUGAUGGUGAAAAGCACAAUUUUAUGGAGCGAUUGUUAGGAGCUGCACGCUUAUUAGCUGAGAUGGUUGAACCAAUACUCAAGGCUGCUUCUGAGGUAUCGGUAUUGUUUGCACAAUCCUUUUUUAUGGGAUUUUCUCUUACAAUAAUGGCUUUGCUUGCACGUCUUCGAGUCUUGGUUCAACAAAUAUUACUUGAUGUUGUUUCAUUGUUCAACAUGGUUUCUUCUCUCUCUAUAACCAAACAGUCAACAAAAAUAACUCUUAAUGGAAUUGAGGUUUUUAGAGAUUUCUAUCCUCUUAGUGAUGAUUAUAUUACAUUAGAUUGUGUUUGGAAUUCAGACAAGUUUAUAUUACACGAGAGGAUGCAUAAAAGGAAAAAUGAAAGUCAAGCCGAGGACUCUAAUGAACAUGCCUCUGUCCAAACUUCAAAUGUGAAUUAUAAUAGUAUUGACUCUUUUCUCGGGGAUGAUCAGCUUGAGGGAGUGGAAGCUGUUGCUGCCAAAGAAGAUCUCUGUCAUGUAGAUAAUAUGAAUACUGAUUUGUCGACUGACUCAUCACAAUUUGACACUAAGAUGACUGUGUACCGUGAGGAAGGAGAAAAUGAAGACACCACAAAAACCUCCAUCAACGAAUCUUCACAGCAAGCUGUUUUGCAUACAUCAUCAAGGUCUUCUACCAAUGAUAAACUCCAUUCUAUGCCAAAGAAGGUGGCAUUUGUCUCCAUCAAGGAUCUUACAUUAACUCGACCCACAUCUUAGUGUCUGUUUGCUAGCUGUUGCACGUUACCAACACUUGGAUCAUGUUUGGGCUGAAGCAAGAAUUCAUAGCUUCUGUAUAAUAUUUGUUGCUCGAUGACGUGGAAAUAUGGCCAAAUUGAGUCAUGAACUAUUGAUGUUAAGAUAUUCUUCAACUUCAUGAGAGAUUGAAGUGGCCAAACAAUGGAUGACAUGGGAGAUUGAGUCAUGGCUAUUGUUGUUUAUUUACUGAUGUAAAUGCAAAGACUAAUUUUAAACAUAACAAGGUAGUUUUAUUCUUUUGAUUUCUUA